AUGGAGUUUCCUGCCGUGGCACUGUCACUCAUCGUGGCGCUGCGAAUGUCGCCGCUGGCUGCUGGCAGCAAACUGCAGCCCCACAUGCCGAACGUGUGCGCAGAGCAGGAGCUGGGGGUGGUGGCGCUGCGGCAGCCGUGCGUGCAGGCGCUGAGCCGCGCUGCCCGGGUGUGGAAGCAGGACUGCGGGGAACGCCGCUGGUGCGCGGGCUACGAGCGCAGGGUUGUGUAUUACACAGGCUACAGACAGGUGUACCAGCUGAGGUCCCAGACCACCUACAGGUGCUGCCCAGGAUGGUCCCAGCUCGCAGGGGAUGCUGGCUGCCUGCACAAUGUUGACGAAUGCCAGGUGCACAACGGGGGCUGCCAGCACCGCUGUGUGAACACCCUGGGCUCCUUCUACUGCGAGUGCCAGCCCGGCUUCCGCCUGCACACGGACGGCAGGACCUGCCUCGCUCUGAACUCGUGUGCCCUGAACAACGGUGGCUGCGAGCACGACUGUGUGCAGGUGACCCUGGCCCAGCACCGCUGCCAGUGCAGGCACAACCACCAGCUGCACGAGGAUGGCAAACACUGCAUCCUGAGGAACCCGUGCUCUGACAGGAACGGGGGCUGCAUGCACCGCUGCCACAGCCACCGCGGCCGCGCCCGCUGCGAGUGCCACCCCGGCUACCUGCUGGCCCCUGAUGGCAAGGCCUGCCAAGAUGUGAACGAGUGCCUGACAGGGCUGGCCAUGUGUGCACACCAGUGCCUCAACACCCGGGGCUCCUUCAAGUGCACCUGUAACCCGGGCUACGAGCUGGGCGCGGAUGGCAAGCGCUGCUACCGGAUAGAGAUGGAGAUUGUGAACAGCUGUGAAACCAACAAUGGGGGCUGUUCCCACACGUGCCACCACACCAGCUCUGGCCCAGUCUGCACCUGUAACUUUGGCUUUAGGCUGGAAGAGGACCAGAAGUCGUGCACUGAUAUCAACGAGUGUGACACGGGUUCUCACUGCUGUCAGCAAGACUGUUACAAUUACCCUGGGGGCUACGAGUGCUCCUGCCAUGCCGGGUACAGGCUCAGCACGGAUGGCUGUGGCUGUGAUGCCAUCGAGGACACAGUGGAGGCCCUGGACGGCCGGCGCCCCGUCAUCCGCCCCAUCCCUCACGUGGCCAUCCUGCGGGAUGAGUUCACCCAGCUCUUCAACGACGACUACGAGGAAGAGGAGGAGGAGGUGGAAGCACGAGGGGAGCACACGCUGUCAGAGAAGUUCGUCUGCCUGGAGCACACGUUUGGCCCCGAGUGCAGCCUGACCUGCGACGACUGCCAGAACGGAGCCACGUGCGGCGCCGAGGGCAGCGGCUGCCUCUGCCCGGCCGGCUGGGCCGGCCUGCUCUGCAACCAGACUUGCCCAGCCGGCACCUUCGGCAUCAACUGCAGCCAGAGCUGCCGGUGCCAGAACGGCGGCACCUGCGACCCUGCCAGCGGCGCCUGCCGCUGCCCGCCCGGCGUGGCCGGAGAGCUCUGCCAGGAUGGGUGCCCCAAGGGAUUUUUCGGGAAGCACUGCAGGAAGAAGUGCAACUGUGCCAACCGGGGUCACUGCCACCGGAUCUACGGCGCCUGUCUCUGCGAUCCCGGCCUGUACGGCCGGUUCUGCCACUUGGCGUGCCCCAAGUGGGCGUUUGGGGCCGGCUGCUCGGAGGAGUGUCGGUGCCUGCAGCGCAACUCGCGGGACUGCGACGCCAGGGACGGCUCCUGCCGCUGCAAGCCCGGCUACCGCGGCCAGCGCUGCCAGGACAGCUGUGACCCUGGGUUUUAUGGGGAUGGCUGCAAGAAGAAGUGCAGCUGCUCUGCAGGAGUGCCCUGUGACCCUGUCACCGGGGAGUGUCACAAGGAGUGUCCCCCAGGCUACCACGGCGAGCACUGCGACCAAGAGUGCCCUGAGGGGACAUUUGGGCCAGGCUGUCAGCAUCCCUGUGCCUGUGGAGAAGCAUCCUGUGACAGGAGCACGGGGCAGUGCCACUGCCCCCCUGGCUGGACAGGACACGACUGUGCCCAAGCCUGCCCUGAGGGUCUCUGGGGGCCGGGCUGCCAGGAGAUCUGCCCUGACUGUGCCAACAAUGCCAGCUGUGACCGCGCCACCGGAGCCUGUCUGUGCCCACCUGGCUACACCGGGCAGCGCUGCCAGGAUGUGUGUCCAGCCGGCUGGUUCGGCCCCGCCUGCCAGCUGAGCUGCAGCUGUGGCAACGAGGGACAUUGCCAUCCGGUGACGGGGACGUGCAGCUGCCCGCCCGGCUGGACGGGGCACCACUGCCAGCGAGCCUGUGACCUGGGGCGUUGGGGCCCUGACUGUGCCCACGCCUGCAACUGCAGCAACAGCGACGGCAGCUGCAGCGCCGAGAGCGGGCAGUGCCUGUGCGAGGCCGGCUACACGGGCACCCACUGUGAGCAGAAGUGCCCAGAAGGGUGGUUUGGGCAGAGCUGUCGGCACCAGUGCCAGUGUGACAAUGGAGCCACCUGUGACCACGUCAGCGGGGCCUGUACCUGCAGCCCAGGCUGGCGAGGAACCUUCUGUGAACAUGCCUGCCCUGAUGGAUUUUAUGGACUGGAGUGUCAACAAGCCUGUGACUGCCUGAAUGGUGCCCACUGUGACCCUGUGACAGGACAGUGCCAGUGUCCCCCGGGCUGGACUGGUGCCCGCUGUGCCCAGGCGUGCCCGCAGAACAGGUACGGCCAGAACUGCAGCCUCACCUGCCACUGCUUCAACAACGCCACCUGCAGCCACAUCAGCGGCCUCUGCCUCUGCUCCGAGGGGUGGACAGGACCCUCGUGCCAGCAAGCCUGCCCGGAGGGGUUUUAUGGGAAGAACUGCCAGCAGCGCUGCCUCUGCCACAACGGCGGCACCUGCGACCCGGCCACGGGGACCUGCGCCUGUCCUGCGGGCUGGACCGGGUUGGCCUGUGAGCUGGCCUGUGCCCAGGGGCAGCACGGCCUGGAGUGCCAGCAGCGCUGUGAGUGCCAGCACGGGGGGCUCUGUGACCGCCGCACCGGGCACUGCCUCUGCCAGCCUGGCUGGACCGGCGACAAGUGUGACACAGCUUGUCCAGAGGGGCUGUUUGGGGCACGCUGUGAGGAGCUCUGUGACUGUGGGGACAACGUCUCGUGCCACCACGUCACCGGUGCUUGUGACUGCCCCCCUGGCUGGAGGGGCCGGCGCUGUGAGAAAGCCUGCCUGCCAGGUUUCUUUGGGAAGAACUGUGCCAGUCGCUGUGGCUGUCCCCGGGGAGUGCCCUGUCACCAUGUCACCGGCCGCUGCGGCUGCCCGCCAGGACUGACCGGCUCUGGAUGUGAAAAAUCCUGCCUGCCAGGGACCUUCGGGGAGGGCUGUGCUCAGAUCUGCCAGUGCGCCGGAGCCACCCAGGAAUGUCACCCUGUCACCGGGGCCUGUGUCUGUCCCCCUGGCUUCCACGGUCCUGCCUGCCAGCUGGAGUGCUCCCCGGGCUGGUACGGCCGGGACUGUGCGAGGCCGUGCCAGUGCAGGAACGGGGGCAGCUGUGACACUGCCACGGGGAUGUGCCACUGCCCGGCCGGCUUCAUCGGCGCCGACUGCGCCAUCGGAUGUCCUGCUGGCCGCUAUGGCCAGGACUGUGCAGGGCUGUGCCCCUGUGGGGCCGGUGUUCCCUGUCACCCUGUCACUGGAGACUGCGUGUGCCCUCCGGGCAGAGCUGGCCCCACAUGUCAGCAAGGUUGUGAGAAGCACCGCUAUGGGCUGGGCUGCCAGCAGCCCUGCUCCUGCCACAACGGGGGGCUCUGCGACCCCACCGAUGGCUCCUGCUCCUGUGCCCCGGGCUGGACGGGCAAAUCCUGCGAAUUAGAAUGCCCUCCGGGGAGCUUCGGUGCUGCCUGCCAGCUGCGCUGCUCCUGCCUGCACAACGCCACCUGCCACCCGGCCACCGGCACCUGCCACUGCCCCACCGGCCAUUACGGGCCCCUGUGCGAGCACAGCUGUCCCCCGGGGUUCCAUGGAGAGGGCUGCCGGGAGCGCUGUGACUGCGAGCACGGGGCGGGCUGUGACCCCGCCACCGGGCGCUGCCGCUGUCCCCCGGGGCUGCGGGGCGAGCGCUGUCACACAGGCUGCAAGGAAGGAACGUAUGGCGAGGGGUGCCAGCAUCUCUGCGACUGCCCCAGCGAUGUCCCCUGCGACCCGGUCACGGGGCGCUGCCUGUGCCCCCCGGGCAAAACCGGCCCCACGUGUGCUGCAGACUGCCGGCCCACGCAGUUCGGCCCUGAGUGCCGCCUGGCAUGCCAGUGUGCCCCCAGCAGCUCCUACUGCAACGCCCGGAACGGGCAGUGCCUGUGCCUGAACGGCCACACGGGACCCACCUGCCGGGAAGCCACGCAGUCCCUGCCACCCACCAGGCCACCACCACCCCCGGAGGGGCUCCAGCCAGAGGAGAAGUAGAUCCUGCUGUGGGAGCGCUCCCUUGGUUUCACCAAGCAGCCACCUGAAGAAGCCAAUGACCUGUAACGAACUCAUUUUUGAGCCACAUGAGCAGCUCUCAUCUCCUGACAGCCCCAGCUGCUGCUUUUGGGGUGUGUGAGUGAGGCUGAAGCUCCCAGUUUAACCAGUUCACUGUGCCAGCGCGGGCUGGCCGUGGGGACACGUGUGCCCACUCCAGAGACCUGCGUGCCUUUGGCCAGAGACCAGAUGAGCACUUCAGGAGGGAUCAGUUCUGGUCAGGGGACAGUGGACUUUGACAGCUUGUGACACAUUGCUGGCCUUCAACUUUUGGGUGCUGGGCUUGGGGAGGGGGCUGAAAUCAUGGUCCAAAUCAGGUAUUUAUGCAUCAAUAUUUAUGGGAAGCUGCACCACAGUGUUCUCAGGACUGAUGUCUGUUUCUCCUGAGACUGGGCCUCCUGUGGAUGCACCACCUCACUUGAAUUAUUUUUUUUUAAUUUGAGUUUUCCAUGGUGGUUUACUGUAAGUGACCAUUUGCCAGGGGAAAACAUGCAUGGCUCCAGCACUCACCUGCAGAGCUGGUACCUCCUGACAGAACAGGCUGUGCUAGACAAGCUUGUCAGGGGCCUGGAGCCUGUUCUUCAUGCCAGGAGUUUGUGAGUCCAUGGCCCAGGAGUUUGUCAGUCUGUGGUGCUGCCCAUGUCACUUACUCCAAGCAGAAGGAAGCCAAAAUCGAGUGUGGAAGUCAGAGAUUCUGCAUGGAUGGAGACAAAGAGCUGGCUCAUCUGGUCAAUGCAAAUCCCCAUUGGAAUGGGCUCUCCCAGCCCUGAAUCCUGAGUUAUUGUGCCAUGCCAGUCAUUGCCAGGAGUUGGCCACCUGCAGCAGCGGGGAAUGUCACCACUCCAGUGUCACCACAUCACCCUGGUCAGGGCCCAGGGCUCCCUUUGUCUGUUUGCACAAAGCUCCUGGGCAGGUGAAGCCACUGCCAGAGGAACCCCAGCUCUGCAGAGAAGAGGACAGCCCCAUCCCGUCCCCUCCCGUCC